UGACGUCACCCCUGAUCGGUCAGCUGGCACCUCCAUCUAUCCAGGGAGGGUCCUGAUCGCUCCGCAGGCACGACAUUGCUUGCCUGGUACAACCCGGUGAAGAGCAUUGGUAGGCUACCAAAAACCCAAUAUAAAUGAUUUAGAUGGAGAGCGGGAUUGUCGGGGCGAGAAUCGGCUGCAUCACGGCGUGUCAGAUUUAUAUUUAUUUAUUUUCCUUCCGAUACUUCUCACUGUGGUGGGUGGAAUCCAUGGCUGCUGCUGAGCGGCAGGUGUAUUGUUGAGAGCGUUUACUUUUGUGUUGGUAUUUAAUACAGUUGAAAGAUGGGUCGAAACAAACCAAACCGAUUUCAUCAGGAAAUGGAUGCUGGCAUCGGGAGGAAAGCGUUAUCAGGGUGCGUAUAGAGAGCGUUCAGCAAGGCUGCGGCGCCAGAGAAAGGAAGAGUACAGUCUUUGUACUUAACAUCCAUUUAAAAAUAAAAGACGAAAUGAUUGCAGGGAACAUAUCGAACAAAUAUGCCCGUCUUCUCGGUUAAAGGUUCCAAGGGAUGUCGAUUGCGCCUCUAUUCGUGUAUCGUGUAGCUUAGUGCAAUUGUAACAACAAGUAUAGGCUACUGAUACAUUAUUAAAAAAUAAAGCGAUAAAAUAUCUAUAUGAAAGUGGCUUGGAUACAAGAGUAGUGACACCAGGACAGCCUAUUUCUCCUCAGUGAGAGAGUGUCUUUAUUCUCGUCAGUAAACUGCUGCAUCUGGCAGCUAUAACCAGGUACUGUUGCCAAAAUGAUGGAGCUUCAAAUUGACGAGGUGGUAUACCAGGACGACUAUGGCUCCGUGUCGGUGAUGUCGGAGCGUGUGUCGGGCCUGGCCAACAGCAUUUAUCGGGAGUUCGAGCGUCUUAUCCGUAGCUACGACGAGGAGGUGGUGAAAGAGCUGAUGCCAUUGGUGGUGAAUGUGCUGGAGAAUCUUGAUGCUGUGCUUACGGAGAACCAGGAGCACGAGGUGGAACUCGAACUGCUUAAGGAAGACAACGAGCAGCUGAUCACCCAAUACGAGCGCGAGAAGGCACUGCGCAAACAAGCUGAGGAGAAAUUCAUUGAGUUUGAGGAUGCCUUGGAAGCGGAGAAGAAGGACCUGCAGACUCAGGUGGACAGCCUGGAACUCCAGAGCAAGCAGCUGGAGCUCAAGGCCAAAAACUAUGCGGAUCAGCUAUCGCGGCUGGAGGAGCGGGAAUCCGACAUGAAGAGGGAGUACAACGCUCUGCAUCAGCGGCACACGGAGAUGAUUCAGACGUAUGUGGAACACAUUGAAAGGUCCAAGAUGCAGCAGGUGGGGAGCCAAUCAGAGGGCCCCGGCUGUGGAAGAAGUCAGCGUCACUCAUGGAGGAAAAGCAAGACGGAGCGACCGCCAUCUCUCAGCCUCUUCCCCAGCAUGGAGGGGAUGGUACGUGGGUGUCAGGGGGGGGCUAGGAUGACGCCCGGGUCUGACGUCUGGCAGGCCGGCGAGCUCAGCCACCUGCGAUCCAUCUCCAGCUACAAGGAGGAUGAAUCUGAAUCGGGCCAGUCCUCGGUGGCGGCCACGCCCAGCAGCACGGGCACCAAGUCCAACACGCCCACCUCCUCCGUGCCCUCGGCCACUGUCACGCCGCUCAACGAGUGCUUCCAUUCCAUGUCCGAGUUCGAGGCGGUGCGCAGCAACAACCGGAGGAAGGGUGCCAAACAUCUCAGCAGGAACAUGGAGGUGCAGGUCUCCCAGGAGACCAGGAACGUCAGCAUUGGGAUGGGCAGUAGUGAUGAAUGGUCAGAGUUCCAGGAGAUCAUUGACUCCACGCCAGAGUUGGACAUGUGUGUGGACCCUCGCCUCUAUGGAGGGGGAAACAGCCCCACGCAAGGGAUUGUCAAUGAGGCCUUUGGCAUCAACACGGACUCCCUGUACCAUGAGAUCAAGGACGCCAAGUCUGACAUUAUAGGGGAUGUUGAUGCUGGGGCAGAGCUGCUUGGGGAGUUCUCAGUGCCUGACGAUUUCUUCGGAAUGGGGAAGGAAGUGGAGAACCUCCUCACAGAGAACAAACAGCUCCUGGAGACUAAGAAUGCCUUGAACAUUGUGAAGAAUGACCUGAUUGCCAAGGUGGACGAGCUGUCUGGCGAACAGGAGGUCUUAAGAGAGGAGCUGGAGGCUGUGAAACAGUCCAAGGCCAAGGUGGACGCUAGGGUCAAAGAGCUGGAGGAGGAGCUCAAGAGACUCAAAGCAGAGGCCCUGGGAGCAACACAGGACUCUAAGGAGGAAGGAGGCGAUGAUUACUCGUCUCCGCUCCAGGACGAUGUGCCGAUGGCCCAGCGGCGACGCUUCACGCGGGUGGAGAUGGCCCGCGUCCUGAUGGAGCGAAACCAGUACAAGGAGAGGCUGAUGGAGCUGCAGGAGGCUGUGCGGUGGACCGAGAUGAUCCGAGCAUCCAGAGAGAGUCCCCAGAUACAAGAGAAGAAGAAAUCCACCAUCUGGCAGUUCUUCGCGCGGCUCUUCAGUACGUCCGCCAGCCCGCCGCCGGCCAAGCGGCCCUACACCAGCGUCAACAUCCACUACAAGUCCCCCUCGCCGGCCGGCUUCUCCCAGCGCCGCAGCCACACCAUGUGCCAGAUCUCCACCUCCAACCGCACGCUGGAGUUCUUCCCCGAAGAACUGGCCAGUAACGGUGUCGCGUCUCUCCUCAGCGAAGGCGCGCUGUCGGUCCGGCGGGAGCAGCGGCGCGAGCAGUACCGCCAGGUCCGCGAGCACAUGCUCAGGGACGACGGGCUCGUGCAGGCGUGCGGCUGGAGCGUGCCGCCUCGCUUCAAACAGACAGGCCCUCUGCUGGAGCACUCGCAAGAAGGGUCCCUGAAGAAGCAUCAGCUCAGCCCCAAUGAGAAGGAGGAUAACCGCAUGAAGAACGUCCCUGUUCCUGUAUACUGUCGCCCCCUGGUGGAGAAGGAACCUAACAGGAAGUUGUGGUGUGCAGCUGGGGUGGACCUGAACGGGUGGAAGGUGGCCUCACCGGAAGUGCGGUCCAGCAGUAGCGACCCCCUGACAGCAGAGGGCAGUGGAGAGGAGACCAAGAGCAAUCACAGCUCUCCUGAGAAGAAAAAGACGAAGGAGCUUCACGAGAUGGACUCCAUGGGCAGCCGAGUGUGGAUCCUCACCAGCACCCACUCCGCCAGCAACGUGGUCGUCAUCGAUGCCAACCAGCCGGGCUCUCUGGUGGACCAGUUCAACGUCUGCAACGCUCAUGUGCUUUGCAUCUCCAGUGUGCCAGCGGCCAGCGAGAAUGACUACCCUGCGGGGGAGAUAUUCCCAGAGCAGGGUGAGGGGGGCUCAGAGGAAGCGGUGGGCAUGGAGGGCAUGCUGGCUGGCAUCACGCUGGUGGGCUGCGCCACUAACUGCAGCGUCGUCCGUAGCAACUGCUCCUCCCGCACCGACACCCCCGUGGUGGACAGGGGCCAAGGCCACGCGGCUCCCCUGCUGAAUGGGAAGUUGAACCCGACUCAGUCUGCUGAGGAGGCCACGGAGGCCACGGAGGUGCCCGACCCCACCGCCGGCGAGGCAGAGGAGGCGUCGGGUCCGCCCCGCCCCUUCACUGAACACGUGUUCACAGACCCGCAGCCCCGUGCCGCAGACCCCUCCCGGAGCAGGCAUGCUGGACAGACUAAGGAGGCUAACUCGACAGCCCAGGAGGAAGGAGAUGAAGACUCCCGAGCCGGCACCAGCGCUGCCCCAACCAUGUGGCUGGGAGCCCAAAAUGGCUGGCUGUAUGUGCACUCGGCUGUUUCCAACUGGAAGAAGUGUCUGCACUCCAUCAAGCUCAAAGACUCUGUACUCAGCCUUGUGCAUGUGAAGGGAAGAGUGUUGGUGGCUCUGGCGGAUGGGACGCUCGCCAUCUUCCACAGAUCUGAAGAUGGGCAGUGGGACCUGAGUAAUUACCACCUGAUGGACCUUGGGCGCCCCCACCACUCUAUCCGCUGCAUGGCGGUGGUGCACGACAAGGUGUGGUGUGGCUACAAGAACAAGGUGCACGUCAUCCAGCCCAAGACCAUGCAGAUAGAGAAAUCGUUCGACGCACACCCGCGCAGGGAGAGCCAGGUGCGGCAGCUGGCGUGGAUCGGGGACGGUGUGUGGGUGUCCAUUCGGCUGGACUCCACGCUGCGGCUCUUCCACGCGCUCACCCACCAGCACCUGCAGGACGUGGACAUCGAGCCAUACGUCAGCAAGAUGCUCGGAACGGGAAAGCUAGGCUUCUCCUUUGUGCGAAUCACAGCGCUCCUGAUCGCGGGGAACCGCCUGUGGGUGGGGACGGGGAACGGAGUGGUCAUCUCCAUACCGCUCACAGAGACUGUAGUCCUCCACCGGGGACAGCUCCUGGGUUUGAGGGCCAACAAAGUGUCCCCGACGUCGUCGGGCGGGGUGAUCCACGUGUACGCUGACGACAGCGCGGAGAAGGCCAGCGGCAGCUUCAUCCCGUACUGCUCCAUGGCUCAGGCGCAGCUCUGCUUCCACGGCCACCGCGACGCCGUCAAGUUCUUCGUGUCUGUGCCAGGCAAUGUGUUGGCCACCCUGAAUGGCAGUGUGCUGGACAGCCCCACGGAGAACCCCGGCUCAACAGCGCCUCCUGAGUCUGAGGCGCAGAGUGUACAGAACGUUCUGGUGCUCAGUGGGGGGGAGGGCUACAUCGACUUUCGCAUUGGGGAUGGAGAGGAUGAUGAGACGGAGGAGAACGCAGGCGAGGCUCCGCAGAUGAAGCCAGCGCUGUCUAAGGCAGAGAGAAGCCACAUCAUCGUGUGGCAGGUGUCCUACGUCCCGGAGUGACACCAAAGUUUUCCUGCAGCCUCCCCUGUGACUACCCCCACCAUCCCUGGCACACCCCCAACCCCCCAUCCAGAACCUCUGGCCAGACCUUCCUGCACCUUACCAACCGAAAGGAAAUCAGCUCCAGUUGACUCUAACUCUUUAAACCCACUACCUGUCCCGCCCACCAACCUUUCUCUCCAGCCCCGUUUAUGACUUAUGUAGAGCCCUUCCAUUAAGCCCCUCCCCCCUCCUGCAUUCUGCUCACAGCUCACUGAUGGCCACACGGGGGCGGAGUCACCACACUGGUGGCUUCCAGAACGACCCCCUUCCUCAUAUGCAAGCUACGGACACAGGGUUAAUGUGUGGCUUAUCUGGAAGUGACAUUUAAAACGGGGAAACAGACAAGGUACUUGUGUUUUGGAGGGAAAAUGUAGAGGUUACAUUAGACAGAUGGGAAGUGGGAAUUUACAAGGAAAGGACUCUGUAGUCACAUGGGAGGAAGAAAAUUAGGAUCAAAGCAAGUUGAAACAGGGUUAAGGGUUAUGUUGUUAAGGGAGCUCACAAAGCUUUUCAGUUGGUUUCUCAUACACAGAGAAAUGUGUGAGCUUAAAUUCAGAAAGUUGUGUGUAUGGAAAGCAUUCCAAUUUGAAUGAUAACUGAUGCAACGAGUCACAAAGAAGCAGAAGUGAUGCAUGCUGGGACAGUGCAGGGAGGGUACAUACAGGGAUUCAGAGGACUUGGACUUGACAUUACAUCAUAAACCCAUUGAUCAUACACAUUAUAGCUACAGUGAUCUCUGCAGCCAAAGGCUGGUUAAUUUAAAUUACCCAUAAUUGCAUGAUUACAGUACCUUUAACUUAACAUGACUAUUUAUGCUGCACUGAAAAACCCACAGACCAGCAUUUACAGUAUGGAAUAUAGAUGCUUUUUCAGGAAGCCAAAGUGUUUGUAUAUUUGAACCGAAAGCAGGAUUUAUUGUGUACAUAAAUAUAUAUUUAUAUACAUAUACAUAUUUAAAUAAAACGGAAACAUAUGAAAAUGGUCAGUUUGUAGACAAAUAGUACAACAAAUUGCACUGAAUUUUUGACAAAAAGACUGCUGGGAAAAAAAAGCAUGAAAGGGAUGUGUUGUUUUUAAAUGACAGACCUUUUGGGGACCAAAACACCUGCUUUUAAGGGAUUCCCCUCUUGACACUACCUGUCUUGUGAAGUGUGCCUCAGAAAAGACUACAGGGAGAAAAAAAAGUGGCAUAGGUUCUUGUGAACACUGGUAAACCAAGGAAGAUUUUGAUAAAACUGCAAAUUGCCAAGCAGCAUCAAUGAAACCAUAAAUCUGACAAACUGGUGAAACAGAUAUAAUACAUUUACGUGCAUAUCCUUGAUGUUUACAUGAAUGUCAAAAUCAAUGCAAUGGAUCAACACUGUACACAAUAAACCAGUUCUCCAGACCCAGGAUUGCAUAAACUGAGCUCCAUCAAUGCCUUGCGUUUGCCCCUAACCCACUUAAUGAUUGGUCAGUGUCCUGUUGCUCCUCUGUGACCAUCAGUAAGCUGUGAGCCGAUUGGCUCAUGAACUCCCCAGUAAGAUUCCAUGGUGUUUCAUAUGUAAACCUCCCUGUAUGUAAAGCAGAACCGUGUGGCCUGAUGCCUCACUCAUCUGAGUUUCCUGUAAAGUGAGGCAGUAAGGAUACCCCUUCCUCCCCUCUUUACCCUCCUUGCUAUGUACUUAACUCAUGAAACAUCUCUUAUCGGUAAUGUAUUAAACCUGUUUGUGCAAUGAA